UGGAUUUGUCACAUUUGAAAAUGAAGAUCUGGCAGAAAAAGUCUGUGACAUCCAUUUUCACGAAAUAAAUAAUAAAAUGGUAGAAUGCAAAAAAGCCCAACCAAAAGAAGUCAUGUACCCACCAGGGACACGGGGUCGGGCCAGAGGUCUGCCAUCUACAAUGGAUGCCUUCAUGAUUGGUAUGGGCAUGUUGAGUUAUCCCAAUAUCGUAGCCACAUAUGGAAGAGGAUACAGCGGUUUUGCACCAAGUUAUAGUUACCAAUUCCCAGGCUUUCCAGUCACAGCGUAUGGACCAGUAACAGCAGCAGUAGCAGCAUCACGUGGCUCAGGUAGGGGGACCCAUGGAAGAGGGGGCAGUUACAUGGCAUACGGGCAGAACACAGGGGCAGGACUCCCUGAUUAUGGGUUGUGCUCUUUGGCUGGAACCAGCGGUGACAUGAGGGGCGCAGCACACUACUCCAUGGCUGACUAUGGCUCCCUCGGGCCACAGACGGCAGCUCAGAUGCUACCUAAUGAGCAUGUCAGCUCUGCCUGCAAUUCUCCCACCGCUGUUCAGCCACACCUUCACAGCCCGGAUCCUUUUAAGAGCCCAGAUGCAACGAGGCCUGGACCUUUCCCUGGUACAAGCAGCCCUGGUCAUGUUGCUAACCUCUAUGGGACUGCCACUCAGGACUCCGUCGUCAGCAGCUAUAUCAGUGCUCCAAACCCACAGCCUGUUUCCCCCUUUAGCCACAGUAUUGCUGGUCCACUGAUCGCAACAGCAUUUACGAAUGGAUAUCACUGAAAAUCUACAUGGGGUAGGUUGUCAUCUCUCUUCAGGUG